UGGGUGGUAGACAGGGAGUGCGAGCGAAACAGAAUUCACUUCAUACAGUUGCAGUUGGGAAUAUUUUACGGCUCAAGAAAACACGACGUAACAACAUUGUAUUUUAGAAAAUGGACCAGAAAGACACAGAAAUGAAUGAAAAGGGAAUACCUUCCUCUACAAGUGGAGUUGUUAUCCAAGUGAGAGAAAAGAAGGGACCCCUGAGAGCCGCUAUACCCUGUAUGCCUUUCCCUGUCGCUGUCAUCUGCUUGUUUCUCAAUACCUUCGUACCAGGGCUGGGUACCUUUGUUUCAGCCUUCACAGUCUUGUGUGGAGCUCGGACUGAUUUGCCUAACAGGCACAUGUGUUGUGUGUUCUGGUUGAACAUCGCUGCUGCAUUUAUUCAGAUCCUCACUGCUGUCGUUAUGGUGGGAUGGAUCAUGAGUAUAUUCUGGGGAAUGGACAUGGUCAUCCUGGCUAUUUCAGAAGGUUACAGAGACCAAGGAAUCCCACAACAGCUGUAAAGUGCAUCAAACCCAUUUUGAAAUAAGAAUGUACUCCUUGCCUAGGUGUCUUUAGCAUCAGAUUGGAAAGAAUUGGGCUUUUUCCACAACCCUCAGAUUAACUGAUCCUCUGGCAUUUUAUCUCUCACACUAAUAAAAGGCACCAAGUAUGUCAACCGAGGAAAUCUUUUUCUAUGUUAUGAAAAGUGGGAAGCCUUAGACAAGGCUAUUUCCAACCUGUCAGGUGAAUUUGGUGUUCUUGCAAAUUCAUAACACAAUACCACAGAUUCAAAUUUUCUUCUGAGCAUUUUCAGCUGUUCAGAUGGAUUUGAGAUUUUAAGUACAGUUUAUUUUUACUGGUACAAUAUCAUUUUUAGUUUAACCAGAUUUUCAUAUUUAUUGUCAUAAAUUACAGAAUUAAGUUUAUAAAAAUGUAAUUGUCCUUUUAUAUAUUGCUGCAUGCUAGUUAGGACAGACUUUAUUUAAACUACAUACACCAAUGAUUAUUUUUUGUGACAUUAGUAUUUUGUAUUAUUUAUUUUGCUGUUGUGGAACAUCUUUUUAAUGAAUGUUACAGUAUAUGGUUUAGGUAACUGUUAUAAACCGGUUGCCAUAGAUACUGAGCACUCAGUAUCUAUGACAAAAGGUAUCCCUUUGUACAUGUGGGAUUAAAGAAAUGUAAUUGUU